UUCUUGAUAUCUUGUGGGGAGCUUCCACAACUGCUCCUGCACUCCCAAUCCAGCACAUAGCAUAUCCAGAAGCACAUACGCCAGCAUGCCGAAAGCAGAUAGCCCGUCUGGGUUCAAGUCGCUCAAGCAGACUGCUCUGUUUACACCGUUCAAGCUGGGCCCUCUGAACCUCGAGCACAGGAUCGUACAGGCGCCUCUUACGCGCAUGCGAGCAACCAAGGAGAGCGAUGGCGUCUUCGUCCCCAACGACUUGCAAGUCGAGUACUACAGCCAGCGCGCGACCAAAGGCGGUCUCCAGCUGACUGAAGCUACUGAUAUUGCCCAAUAUGCUAGCGGUUACCCAGGCGUACCAGGGGUUUUCUCAGACUCGCAGAUUGCAGGUUGGAAGAAGGUGACAGAUGCCGUCCACGCAAAGGGUGGUUAUAUAUUCUGCCAACUAUGGCACACCGGACGCGCUUCGCCGCCCUCGUUUCGUGCUGGCGCCCCCACAGUCAGUUCAAGCGACAUCCCCAUGGAAGGAAGCUGGCUGGAUGGCGUGGCUUGCGCUGAGCACCCGCCCAAACCUUUGAGCUUCGAAGAGAUCCAACACUGGACGAAGACUUGGGGCGAGGCUGCGAAGAAAGCUCGUGAGGCUGGCUUCGACGGCAUUGAGAUCCACGGUGCCAACGGAUACCUACUCGACCAGUUCCUGCAUGAUAACGUAAAUAAGAGGACAGACCAAUAUGGCGGAUCAAUCGAGAACCGCAGUCGCUUCCCCCUUGAAGUCAUCCAGGCAUGCUCCAAGGCUAUCGGCGCUGACCGUGUCGGUAUCCGUCUCAGCCCGUACAACUACUUCCAGGACACCAAGGACAGCAAUCCCAACGAGCAUUGGGAGUACCUGAGUGAGAAGAUCGCUACUCUACCAGAGAAUGAGAGACCCGCUUACGUGCACAUGGUCGAGCCUCGCUUCGAUGAAGUACUGGACGAGCAGGCCAAGUUGGAUGCUCUGGCUGCAUACACCUCGAAGGGUGGCAAGGGCGUUGAGGCCGAAGCCACAGCCAAAGGCAAGGGCAAUACCCUCGCCGUCUUCCGCAGCAUCUUGCAAAAGGGUGGCGUCAAGUUCAUCGCUGCUGGUGGUUUCGAUCGGGAUAACGCUGUGCCAAAGAUUGAGUCUGGCGACGCUGACCUCAUCAUCUUCGGUCGAUGGUUCCUCGCGAAUCCAGAUCUUCCAAAACGUCUGGCCGAGGGUCUAGAGCUGAACCAGUACGACCGUAACACAUUCUAUGGCGCAGACCCACCCCAAAAGGGCUAUGUUGAUUACCCUUUCUACGGACAGACUGCCUCUGCUUGACUGCAUAGUAGGCUUUGAUGCAUUUCCGGCGCUGGACUUCGUCAGUAUGUUCCUCUCAUAGAAUAGAGUCGCAUAUACGAUAGAAUUUGACUCACUUUGAAUGUUAUUCGUCAUGUGUCGCCA